UUAAACUAAAGAUUACUUCUCGUAUAUUGUAUGUAAAUCAGCUUUUAUAAUGUUUCCAUCUAUGGGUUCGAUGAUGAAGUUGUUGAGAGAGAGAGUUUUGUCAGAUGGUGAUUGUAAACAAAACGUUCUGCAGUGUUUAUUAGUGUUUUAGCUUUCUAGUUGAUAUUAUUGGAGGAUGGAAACGAUUUUGGAGCAGCAGAGGCGGUAUCAUGAAGAGCGCGAGCGUCUGGUCGACGCUAUGGUCAAGGAAAUGCUGCACAAGAAAGUUACAUAUCGCGAAGGUAUUAACUCGGAUCAUCGACUCAAGUACUUGCUAGACAAAUAUAUAGAUGAUACUGAGAGACUCGUUGACUUGUACGAGGAUAAGGAUGGACAGAGGAAAUUGGAGGUUGCUUCACUCACCGGCCCCAAUGAAUUCAAUGAGUUUUACAAUCGUCUGAAGCAGAUCAAAGAUUUCUACAGGAGACAUCCGAAUGAGAUCAGUGUACCAAUGUCUGUGGAGUUCGAUGAGCUUGCAAAGGCCAGAGAAAAUCCCACAGAGGAAAUGUCAAAUUUGGUCGAGUUCUCUGAUGAGGAAGGUUAUGGAAAGUAUUUGGAUUUGCACGAGUGCUACGAGAAGUAUAUUAAUCUUAAAGGAAUUGAGAAAGUUGAUUAUAUCACUUAUUUGGGAAUGUUCGAUCAGCUUUACGAUAUACCGAAGGAGCGUAAAACCGGCGAAUACAGACGUUACUUGUUGAAUUUGAUAGAGUACUUGAGUUGGUUCGGGCAGCGGAUAAAACCGCUGAUGGAUUUGGAGUCGGAACUGAGGAAGGAGUCCGAAGCUGUGAUGCUGCAGUGGGAGUCUGGCACAGUUCCGGGUUGGCCGAAGGAGACUGGAUCCGCUUUGGCGAACGUCGGAGCCCAUCUGGAGCUUUCGGCUUUCUCGAGCUGGGAGGAACUGGCGUCGUUGGGUCUGGACAGGUUGAAGUCUGCGCUGAUGGCGUUGGGCUUGAAAUGCGGCGGCACUUUGGAGGAGAGAGCGCAGAGGUUGUUUUCCACGAAAGGAUUGACGUCGCUGGAUCCGUCGCUGCUGGCCAAAAAUAAAGCGGGGAAAGCGAGUAAAGAGAAGGAACAGCUGAGGCACAGGGAUUUGGCUUGUCUGGAAGCUCAAGUGUACAGAUUGGCUGAGUUGGUGUCUGCGCAAAGGGCUGCAACUAAGGAGAACGUGCAGAGGAAGCAGGCGCGUACCGACGGCGAAAGGGAUGACAGCGAGAACGAGGAGAGCGACGACGAGAGCAUCGACGACGACGCCGACGAUGUUCCGUACAAUCCAAAGAACCUGCCACUAGGUUGGGACGGCAAACCUAUCCCUUAUUGGCUGUACAAACUGCACGGCCUGAACAUCAGUUACAAUUGCGAAAUCUGCGGCAAUUACAUUUAUAAAGGGCCGAAGGCGUUCCAGAGGCAUUUCGCCGAGUGGCGACACGCCCACGGCAUGAGGUGUCUGGGCAUCCCGAAUACCGCCCACUUUGCCAACGUCACGCAAAUCGAGGAUGCACUCGCGCUCUGGGAAAAACUCAAAGUCCAGAAGCAGAGCGAAAGGUGGCAACCGGAAACUGAGGAAGAGUACGAGGAUUCGCAGGGCAACGUGGUCAAUCGAAAGACGUACGAGGAUCUUAAAAGACAAGGCCUUUUGUAAUUCAUAUUAUUUUUAUUUCAAUAAAAUUUACAUAAACUA